CCUUGUUUUACAAUUUCACAACAGUGGAGUUGAACCAGCCAUGGUUAUGGUAGCGCUGUCAAUCGUCUAAGCAGUUGGGUGGUUUGCAAGUUGAUCCACCUGUCACCUCUGUCCCUCUGUCUGUGCAGUCCACUUCAGAGAUCAUCCCCUUUUCUCUGCUUCGCGUUUUCUCGGCCCUCCUUAGAUCCUCUCCUUUUUAACCUCACUUUCUCUCACUAGGCUAGCACUUCGCCUUUCCGUAAUUGGUGGCUGUUCUAGAAAUUUAGAUGCCUCCCCAUGUUGGUGUUUCUUUAUUGUGUUCCAUAUUCAAUCUCAGAAUCUAAAAGCAAGAACCCUUUUUCCUCUUAUUUUCUGAAAGGUAUCGGUCGUGGACCGCGCCGUCCUGGACAAUCUUUCUGUUCCUUUUUUUUGUUUUCUUUUCCUUGUUUCCUUUUCCUUUUGGCAUUUGAUUCGCUGAGCGGUUCUGAUGCACUGUGGAUCUAUGUGACGGAAUUUGCCUCUAACAAGACAAAACGUGAUAGAUUUUUGACAGAAAUUGUUGGGGUUCUCUUUCUCAUCAGAAGAAAAUAAAAAAUAGAAGACAGUAUUUUGGUACUUAAUUUUUAUUCUGAAGAGGCAAGAUAUAGAACUAUUGGGCGGAUUUUUCCUCUGAGAGGAUUUCUGGUUUAAAAAUUGAAGAAAACUUCAUUUGUCACAUUGUAAGAGAUUUAGGGCUCUCUGGUUUUGGUGAAAUGUCCAAUAAUACUGGUUCGUCCGGCUUCCUAGACGUUUCACCAGAGCUAAAACUCUACCAAGCGUUCGUUGUCUCGGUGCCCAUCAUCUUUACAUUCAUCCUUUUGUUCCUGUUCUAUCUUUUCUAUCUCAGACGUCGAAGGGUUGAUUGGUCGUCGUUGCGCAUGAGGACUUCAUAUCAAGCCGGAGAUCUCGUCUCUACCCCUUCAGGACUGGGAUUGAAAAAAGAAUUCAGGGAGAUGCUUCCAAUUGUUAUUUAUAAAGAGAGUUUCCUGAUCAGAGAAACACAAUGUUCUGUCUGCCUUGGGGACUAUGAGCCCAGCGACCAUCUCCAGCAGAUACCAUCUUGCGGACACACUUUUCACAUGGACUGCAUCGAUAACUGGCUCACCAAGCACACAACAUGCCCACUUUGUCGAGCAUCUCUCUUGCCAGCAACCAAGGCCAUGGAUCCCCCCUCGACAUCAAAUCUUGAAGCUGGCAAUGUUGCUCUGGAGAGAGUUGGAGAUGAUGUAGUUGCACCUUCACAGAAUUCUGAUACAGCUCUGCAUCUGUAGUGGACGUAGAAAUGCACUAUUGCUGCAGUGUUGAGCCGGUUUUUUGUAGAUACUCUUUUUGUUCUGAUAAAAGCCACUGACUGCGUUAAUUGGGGCGGCUUCUGUAAUCUUCAUUGAGGGCCUUCACGUAUGGUGCUUAUCCCUCCUUUUCUUGCUCCGGGAGCACCUGUAAAUCCAACCCCAUCGCAUGCAACAUGCAUGUAGAUUUGUCCUUGUAUCAAAUGGAAAGAGAGAUGGUUUUACCGCUCUGGAUGACGCACUCUAGAGAAACAGACCAUAUAUAUUUAAGAGAUGUGUUAUAUUUAAGAGCUGUGACACCAAUGGCAGGUUUUGUUUUAAAAGCUCUGCAUGGAAAUUGGACUAUAGAAGAAAGAACUUGUUAUGGUUAG